CCGAGUACAAGUUGGAGAUGCAGAUGCUCUUCUAGCAUUACCCGGAGGUGGGCUAUGUAGGUAUUUACCAAUAAUCGUUGGCUUAUUCCUUUGUUCUCCAUAUCACAAAAGGAGCGGCUCUUUGCUGAAAUGGGCGCUUCACGCACAGUCGUAAGGGCUGAAGAGGUGCAAAACCACAACAAGAAGGACGACAUUUGGAUUGUGGUAGAAGGGACGAUUUAUGAUAUCACCAGAUUUGCACCAGAGCACCCCGGCGGCGCUGAUAUCAUAUACGCGUAUGCCGGCCGAGAUGCCACACAAGCUUAUUCCGAGAUCCAUGAUUCAAGUCUGAUUAGAACCACCCUCAAGCCCGAGGAGGUCAUAGGAGAUUUGGACCCAACGACAAGUUUCCCGGAAGAACCAACGAGUUCUGGGGCAAGCUUGGCUCCCAAACCAGGAGAGAAGCCGCCAUUGGAGACACUGCUCAAUUUGAAUGAUUUCGAGGAAGCCGCCCAACAUUCGAUCUCGAAGAAGAACUGGGCAUUCAUCGCCGGGGCAUCAAACGACAACAUCACCCGAGAUGCCAACAAGGAUUUCUACCAGAAGAUCUGGUUCAAGCCUCGCAUUCUGAGAAAUGUAGCCAAGGUGUCGACCAAAGGCACCAUGAUGGGCCUGAACGUUGAGUUGCCGGUUUGGGUCUCGCCAACGGGUAUCGGCAAGGCUGGUGGUCCCGAAGGUGAGAUAGCGGUGAGUAAAGGCUGUGCCGAGGCUGGAAUCAUUCAAAUGAUAUCAACCAACGCGUCCUUCCCACUACUCGAUAUCCUCGCAGCAGCACCAGACUACCCCUUCUUCUUCCAGCUUUACAUCAACAAGGACAGGAGGAAGACCGAGGAGCUGCUGAAAGUCGUCAACAGCAAGCCACAAAUCAAGGCCCUUUUCGUAACGGUCGAUCUUCCAGUCGUGUCGAAGCGCGAAGCCGACGAACGGGUGAAGAACGACACAUUCAUGGCGAGCGGUCUGAGCGGCACUCAUUCGGCUGAGGAUAAAAAGGGGUCUGGCUUGGCUCGGAGUGUGGGCUCCUUUAUUGAUCCUAGCUUCUGCUGGGAUGAUCUUGAGUGGUUACGACGACACACGAGACUGCCCAUUGUGCUGAAGGGGAUCCAGUCCGCUGCAGAUGCCCGGAUAGCAAUGCACAUGGGCUGUCAGGGGAUAGUGGUCAGCAACCACGGCGGGCGUGCGUUAGAUGGUGCACCUGCUGCUAUAGUCGUCCUUUUGGAACUGCAUAAGCAGUGUCCGGAAGUUUUCGAUCACAUGGAAAUCUUCAUCGACGGAGGCGUAAGGCGAGGCUCGGAUAUCCUGAAGGCCCUAUGUCUCGGCGCAAGUGGGGUUGGGCUUGGUCGCCCAUUCCUUUAUGCGCUCAACUAUGGUAAGGCUGGCGUGGAUCAAUUGAUUAAUAUUCUGAAAGACGAAGUGGUCACGGCAAUGCAAUUGGCUGGUCUGAAGAGUUUGGAGGAAGCGGACCCGGCGAUGUUGAACACUGCUGAACUCGAUCUGCUUAUCUCCCAGGGCUCUAGCCAUCCCUAUGCGCGAAAGCACAGUGGCAAACGGCGGCAAUUUCACCUUUGAAGACGUAUGGAAGGCUUCGAUCAAGAAAGUCUCAGCACUCCUAUAUUUUGAAGCUAGAUCGUAACCUGAUGGCAAGAAACCCCUCUUCCGACGUUGUCAUGCAAAUUCCCAGCCAAGGUCAUGCUUGUAAAUGUCCUUCUUGGUGAU